AUGUUAUUGUAUUAUAAGAACCUUAUUACCUUACUAUUAGGGUUACACACAUAUUUACAACUUGCUACUGCGGCCUAUGCACCAGCAGCAUGCUCAGUUCCAAACAAUGGUACUGUUGGAGCUACUGUUAGAUAUUUUCAAUACCCUAUACAUGAUACUUGGAGUUAUAGAGAAUCAUGGUUUUUGGAAGGUGGUUAUUUAAGAAAUAAGUAUGUUGGCACAGUUACUGGUGUUUUAAAUCUAACAUGGGAUUCAGGUUGGCCACUAACUAAUCCUCCCUAUGGAUACACAGGUGUUAAUAUGAACAAUUUCAUGAUGGAAAUCACCGGUUAUUAUAAAGCUCCACUAACAGGUAUUUACACCCUAAACACUAAAGUCGAUGAUUCUGCUACUAUUUAUCUAGGUUCUGGUGAAGCAUUUAAGUGUGGUGGUCAACAUGAAGAUUAUAAAUCCCCAAAAUAUCUUGUCACAGUUGUUGGUAGUGCAAGGUAUGGUAUGGAUAAUGACGCACAGACAAUAUAUAUGGAAGAAGGUUACUAUUAUCCCUUUAAGAUUUUAUACAUUAACCAGAAUCAAAAAGGUGUAUUAGAAAUCUCAAUAAAUUUGCCAGAUGGUACUGUGGAUAAUGGUAUAGGUAGUAAUUUAUACAGUUUCCCCGAUGAAAGUUUCAGUAGCCUUUCGGAUAUAUCUUUCACAUAUACUGGAUCCAUUGCAUAUAUGACAACAACCUCAACAAUCACAACUACAUUAUCGGAUUUAAGUGCUGAUACAACUACUAAAACAACAACACUUACAUCAAUGUUUAAUUCUUAUAAUGAAGAGCUUAUAGUUGUCUACUAUGAGGCAGUUCCAGCCCCAAUAGUCACUACCACAUACAUUCCAGCAUUGAUAGAUUCCUCUUCUACUCUAUUCACUUACACCUCAUACACUGCCAAUUCAAACAGUAGUAGCAGUCCAAUAGAUAUUAUAGUUGUAGCUACUCCAGUGUAUAGUACAACUACUGCAUACAGUGAAGGGUCAGUGAGUACAGCCUCUGCUCUUUCCACAUAUAUUUCCUAUACUACCGACUCCAAUGGCAGCAGUAGUGCAGUUGGGGUUGUUGUUGUUGAAACUCCAAAACCAAGUGCUAUUACUUCAUUCAUUCCAGGUCUAGUAGCUUCUGCUUCUGCUCAAUCCACCUCCACAUCAUACACCACUGACUCCAAUGGUAGCAGCAGUCCAGUUGACAUUGUUGUUGUAGCUACUCCAGUACACAGCACUAUCACAGCAUACAGUGCUGGAAUGGUUGGAUCAGCCUCUGCUCUUUCCACAUAUAUUUCCUAUACUACCGACUCCAAUGGCAGCAGUAGUGCAGUUGGGGUUGUUGUUGUUGAAACUCCAAAACCAAGUGCUAUUACUUCAUUCAUUCCAGGUCUAGUAGCUUCUGCUUCUGCUCAAUCCACCUCCACAUCAUACACCACUGACUCCAAUGGUAGCAGCAGUCCAGUUGACAUUGUUGUUGUAGCUACUCCAGUACACAGCACUAUCACAGCAUACAGUGCUGGAAUGGUUGGAUCAGCCUCUGCUCUUUCUUCAUACAUCUCAUAUAUUACCGACUCCAAUGGCAGCAGUAGUGCAGUUGGGGUUGUUGUUGUUGAAACUCCAAAACCAAGUGCUAUUACUUCAUUCAUUCCAGGUCUAGUAGCUUCUGCUUCUGCUCAAUCCACCUCCACAUCAUACACCACUGACUCCAAUGGUAGCAGCAGUCCAGUUGACAUUGUUGUUGUAGCUACUCCAGUACACAGCACUAUCACAGCAUACAGUGCUGGAAUGGUUGGAUCAGCCUCUGCUCUUUCUUCAUACAUCUCAUAUAUUACCGACUCCAAUGGCAGCAGUAGUGCAGUUGGGGUUGUUGUUGUUGAAACUCCAAAACCAAGUGCUAUUACUUCAUUCAUUCCAGGUCUAGUAGCUUCUGCUUCUGCUCAAUCCACCUCCACAUCAUACACUACUAAUUCAGAUGGUAGCAGCAGUCCAGUUGACAUUGUUGUUGUAGCUACUCCAGUACACAGCACUAUCACAGCAUACAGUGCUGGAAUGGUUGGAUCAGCUUCUGCUCUUUCCACAUAUAUUUCCUAUACUACCGACUCCAAUGGCAGCAGUAGUGCAGUUGGGGUUGUUGUUGUUGAAACUCCAAAACCAAGUGCUAUUACUUCAUUCAUUCCAGGUCUAGUAGCUUCUGCUUCUGCUCAAUCCACCUCCACAUCAUACACCACUGACUCCAAUGGUAGCAGCAGUCCAGUUGACAUUGUUGUUGUAGCUACUCCAGUACACAGCACUAUCACAGCAUACAGUGCUGGAAUGGUUGGAUCAGCCUCUGCUCUUUCUUCAUACAUCUCAUAUAUUACCGACUCCAAUGGCAGCAGUAGUGCAGUUGGGGUUGUUGUUGUUGAAACUCCAAAACCAAGUGCUAUUACUUCAUUCAUUCCAGGUCUAGUAGCUUCUGCUUCUGCUCAAUCCACCUCCACAUCAUACACCACUGACUCCAAUGGUAGCAGCAGUCCAGUUGACAUUGUUGUUGUAGCUACUCCAGUACACAGCACUAUCACAGCAUACAGUGCUGGAAUGGUUGGAUCAGCCUCUGCUCUUUCUUCAUACAUCUCAUAUAUUACCGACUCCAAUGGCAGCAGUAGUGCAGUUGGGGUUGUUGUUGUUGAAACUCCAAAACCAAGUGCUAUUACUUCAUUCAUUCCAGGUCUAGUAGCUUCUGCUUCUGCUCAAUCCACCUCCACAUCAUACACCACUGACUCCAAUGGUAGCAGCAGUCCAGUUGACAUUGUUGUUGUAGCUACUCCAGUACACAGCACUAUCACAGCAUACAGUGCUGGAAUGGUUGGAUCAGCCUCUGCUCUUUCUUCAUACAUCUCAUAUAUUACCGACUCCAAUGGCAGCAGUAGUGCAGUUGGGGUUGUUGUUGUUGAAACUCCAAAACCAAGUGCUAUUACUUCAUUCAUUCCAGGUCUAGUAGCUUCUGCUUCUGCUCAAUCCACCUCCACAUCAUACACCACUGACUCCAAUGGUAGCAGCAGUCCAGUUGACAUUGUUGUUGUAGCUACUCCAGUACACAGCACUAUCACAGCAUACAGUGCUGGAAUGGUUGGAUCAGCCUCUGCUCUUUCCACAUAUAUUUCCUAUACUACCGACUCCAAUGGCAGCAGUAGUGCAGUUGGGGUUGUUGUUGUUGAAACUCCAAAACCAAGUGCUAUUACUUCAUUCAUUCCAGGUCUAGUAGCUUCUGCUUCUGCUCAAUCCACCUCCACAUCAUACACCACUGACUCCAAUGGUAGCAGCAGUCCAGUUGACAUUGUUGUUGUAGCUACUCCAGUACACAGCACUAUCACAGCAUACAGUGCUGGAAUGGUUGGAUCAGCUUCUGCUCUUUCCACAUAUAUUUCCUAUACUACCGACUCCAAUGGCAGCAGUAGUGCAGUUGGGGUUGUUGUUGUUGAAACUCCAAAACCAAGUGCUAUUACUUCAUUCAUUCCAGGUCUAGUAGCUUCUGCUUCUGCUCAAUCCACCUCCACAUCAUACACCACUGACUCCAAUGGUAGCAGCAGUCCAGUUGACAUUGUUGUUGUAGCUACUCCAGUACACAGCACUAUCACAGCAUACAGUGCUGGAAUGGUUGGAUCAGCCUCUGCUCUUUCUUCAUACAUCUCAUAUAUUACCGACUCCAAUGGCAGCAGUAGUGCAGUUGGGGUUGUUGUUGUUGAAACUCCAAAACCAAGUGCUAUUACUUCAUUCAUUCCAGGUCUAGUAGCUUCUGCUUCUGCUCAAUCCACCUCCACAUCAUACACCACUGACUCCAAUGGUAGCAGCAGUCCAGUUGACAUUGUUGUUGUAGCUACUCCAGUACACAGCACUAUCACAGCAUACAGUGCUGGAAUGGUUGGAUCAGCCUCUGCUCUUUCCACAUAUAUUUCCUAUACUACCGACUCCAAUGGCAGCAGUAGUGCAGUUGGGGUUGUUGUUGUUGAAACUCCAAAACCAAGUGCUAUUACUUCAUUCAUUCCAGGUCUAGUAGCUUCUGCUUCUGCUCAAUCCACCUCCACAUCAUACACCACUGACUCCAAUGGUAGCAGCAGUCCAGUUGACAUUGUUGUUGUAGCUACUCCAGUACACAGCACUAUCACAGCAUACAGUGCUGGAAUGGUUGGAUCAGCCUCUGCUCUUUCUUCAUACAUCUCAUAUAUUACCGACUCCAAUGGCAGCAGUAGUGCAGUUGGGGUUGUUGUUGUUGAAACUCCAAAACCAAGUGCUAUUACUUCAUUUAUUCCAGGUCUAGUAGCUUCUGCUUCUGCUCAAUCCACCUCCACAUCAUACACCACUGACUCCAAUGGUAGCAGCAGUCCAGUUGACAUUGUUGUUGUAGCUACUCCAACAAUCGCACGUACAAGCCUAGGAUAUUACUAUUGGAAUUUAUCAGUAGUUUCUACGAAAUUCUCUGGAGCAUAUACUGGGAUUUCAAAAUUUUCGAAGGAGAACAUUGCAAGGACAAGAAAUGUAGAAGCAUCUAAUGCUAAUAUUUGGAACACUAUGAAAAUUGAAUCAUCUUUCUCUUCUGCACUUUCUGACAGGUCAAGGUCUUUUAACGAGAACACUGCAACUACAAGAAAUAUAGAAACUUCUGAUGUUAACAGUUGGGGUACUAUGAAGAGUGAAUCAUCGUCCAAAAGAAACGGUUUUGAAGGUCAAACAAGUUCUUCAACUGAGGCAAUCAUAAAUACUCCAAAGAUUACUGUAACUCAAGAGCCAUUACAGGUAUAUUCCCAGACUGCAAAACCAAGCGAUAGAUCCAGUACAAUAACAUUAUCACAUUAUGAAACUUCAGGUUCAUCUACUUCAAUUAUUAUGAAUAGUCAACAAAUUACUGUUGCACAAGAGCCACUACACGCAUCUUCCCAAACCACAGAGUCGAGUGGCAAAUCGAGCACAGUAACAUUAUUGCAAUACGAAGCUUCUGCUCCUAAUAUCGUGGUUAAAUGGUCAAGCUUUGCUUUGGCACUUUUCUCUGUGCUUCCAUUCAUAUUUUGA